UAGGUGUCUAGCAACAGCUAUCAGCCCAGACAGCCGGCGGCAACGCGAUCGGUGUUUGUCGGUGUGCUUUCCCGUGACUAGUCGCUGUCUUGGUAUCCAUAAUUAAUAGUCGGUUGGUUGAAUAUAGUGAUAAACAAACAACCCUGACCCCUGCACAGAGAUAUGAGCGGCAGCGGGCGGCCAAGGACCAGCUCGUUUGCUGAGCCGCCAGGUGUUCUAGGAGCCGCCGCUGCUGCUGCUGCUGCUGCUGCGUCCUCCGGAUCAGCCGCUGCCGUGGGGAGCAGCACAGGAAAGUCCGGGGUCCCUCAGGCCUCCGGCACCAGCUCGUCGGGAUGUUCGAACCUCAAGCUUGGCAGAGACAGCGGGAAGGUGACGACGGUUGUGGCCACGCCAGGUCAGGGACCGGACCGCCCUCAGGAAGUCUCGUACACUGACAUCAAGGUGAUUGGUAAUGGGUCGUUUGGUGUGGUUUACCAAGCUCGGCUCAUCGACAGCCAAGAGAUGGUGGCCAUCAAGAAGGUUCUGCAGGAUAAGAGGUUCAAGAAUCGAGAACUACAGAUCAUGAGGAAGCUGGACCACUGCAACAUUGUUCGAUUACGUUACUUCUUCUACUCCAGCGGCGAGAAGAAAGAUGAGGUGUACCUCAACCUGGUGCUGGACUUUGUCCCUGAGACGGUCUACAGGGUUGCCAGGCAUUUUAACAAGGCCAAGAGCAUCAUUCCUAUCAUAUAUGUGAAGGUGUACAUGUACCAGUUAUUCCGCAGUCUGGCUUAUAUCCAUUCCCAGGGUGUGUGUCACCGAGACAUCAAGCCCCAGAACCUGCUCGUCGACCCAGAAACUGCCAUCCUUAAACUGUGUGACUUUGGCAGCGCCAAGCAGCUGAUCCGUGGGGAACCCAACGUGUCGUAUAUCUGCUCACGGUAUUAUCGCGCCCCAGAGUUAAUUUUUGGUGCCACAGACUACACGGCAAACAUCGACAUCUGGUCAGCGGGCUGCGUUCUAGCUGAGCUGCUGCUCGGACAGCCCAUAUUCCCUGGGGACAGUGGGGUGGACCAGCUUGUAGAGAUUAUCAAGGUGCUGGGAACACCAACACGGGAACAGAUCCGAGAGAUGAACCCAAACUACACAGAAUUCAAAUUCCCUCAGAUCAAAGCUCAUCCAUGGACCAAGGUGUUUAAACCUCGCACUCCUCCAGAGGCGAUCGCGCUCUGUUCUCGUCUGCUGGAGUACACGCCGGCCUCGCGUUUCUCUCCACUAGAGGCCUGUUCACACGCCUUCUUUGACGAGCUGCGUCAGCCCAACACGCGACUGCCCAGCGGCCGAGAACUGCCGAUGCUCUUCAACUUCAGCACCACAGAGCUGUCAAUCCAACCCCAGCUGAACUCAACUCUCAUUCCUCCUCACGCUCGCUCUCAUACAGCUGCUUCCGCCCACGAUGGCACCGGUUCAGAGUCGUCUCAGCACAGUUCAGUACCAGGAUCACUUAACAGCAUUUGAAGCAGCGCCUCACCUCCCUGUCUGCCAGCCUCACCCUUUACUGUCUCUUUCUCUCACACACACACACACACACACAUUUCUCUCCCUCUCUUUACAGCUUUCCUCUGUGCUGCUUGCUCUCUCUCUUCCUCUCGCUCCUCUUAAAUUAUCCAUUUUGUUCAGUUCGUACACUGAAAAAAAACUUUUAGUUCUUUAGCUGCCGGGGUUGAAACUACAGCAGGAGAUUGUUACACACACACACUCACACACUCACACACACGCACACACACACACACAGAGUCGUCAUCUUGCUGCUGCUCAGGUGGUAUGUGAAGGUUCAAUAGUGGGGGCUGGUCCUCUGUUAUACAACCUUUAUUUUAAUCAACUUUUUGUUAUUUUCUUCUUCUUUUUUUUUUUUUCUUUAUGUUUAUUUAUUUGAAAGCAUCAUGUGAUCAUACCACAGUUUUUGGGUUUUUUUUGUCCUUCAUGUUUUUAAAUCUGUUUAUUAAACUGCGCACUGCCCCCCCUGACCAAGACUAACUUUAGCCUCAAGCAGGUCACCAGGGUAAAGAACUUUUUAUUUAUCUCAGGACAGGAGAACAGAUGAAUUUGUAACAUUUUCCAGCCACAUUAUUCACUAUAUAUAUAUAUAUAUAUAUAUAUAUAUAGUUCACAUUAAAUCUCAUUUACAGGCUUAAAUGGCAGCACCAGGUAGCAUUUAGCAUUGUUUGGAGGUCACUUGUAUUUGACGUGAAUCAUGUUCAGUAGCUGUGGGUUUUUUUAAACAGGACUAGAAAUCAACUGCUGUGUCUGUUUUUGUCUGAAUCCAACAAGUUCUUUUUGUUUUUUAGUCUUUUGUUCUUUUUGUGAUUUAAGAGGAGACUCGGACGUCCACAGAUGUAAAAUGUACCCAACAAUCACAGGAAUUUUUAAUUUUCACUGCAUUUACACUUAACGAGUCAAAUCAAAUUGGUGAGACUAUAUUGGUGAGUCUUUUUAAAGGUUAUUAUUAUUAUUAUUAUUAUCUGUAGAUUAAGGCACAGGUGUUGGUCGAUAAUAGACAAUAUCAUUUGAGCUGUAAGUGUCAGUGGUCAAAUAAGUGAGGUCAACAAAAACGCCGCUGUUUGUUCUCUGAACAGCCAAAAUCAUUUGUUGUUUUCAGUGGAUUCUUUUUUUUUUUAGAUAUCGAUGAUAUUGCAGCAAUAAAAAAUACAACCAUGCAGGCUCCAUGUAAUUUUAAAUAGGACAUGAAAACUGAAGCUAUUAGAUGACAUCACAUCGCGCUGAUGCCUCCUGAAGAAAGAAAGAGUUUUUGUGCAAUUUAACUGCUGAAAGACAUGUAACAUUAAACUUCCAAACUUUUAAUCAUCCAAAAAGAAAAAAAAGCUCUGUUUUAUUAUUGUUCCUUAAUUCUACUCGUACAGAAAAUGACCUUCGCUGGUUUCAUAUGUGUCUCUGUGUUAGAAAGUUAAGGUUUGACUGUGAUCUUACACAUGUCUCAGAGGAGCUUUCCACUAAAAGUGGCUGCAGUUUUGUGUUUUAAGAUUUAAUGUAAACUUUUAAAAAUAAAGUAUCAAUUUUCCUUUUUACUUACAGAAUACAGGAAAUGAUUUCCUAGUUUUAAUCUUUUGUUUUUAAUCUUAAAAUGUGUUUAUAAAUGUGUUCAAAAGUUGAAAAUACAAAUACCAUCCGACGACAAAAAAAACUCACUUUUGGUGGAAUCCCCCUUUAGUGUGAAGACGCUUCGUGGUGUAUAGAAGUGAAAAUGACAGUCGGCCUCUCGUGUUCAUUAAACGCAGCAGAGAAACUUA